GUCACGACUGUGAAUACCAGCGACAAGGCAAAGAAAGCACGUUCUGGACGGUUAUACGAAUCGUACGCACAUCAAUACCGCAAUAAUGUCCAUGUUCCGAUCGAAGAAGCUGGAUCUUGGUGGUUUCGUCAACAUCAAGGUCAUCCGCGACCACACCAAGCGCAAAGUCUUUGAGCAGAACGAGACCGAGAGACAAGCUCUUCGUUACAUCAUCCGCAACACACUUCUGCCUCAGCGUGCGCGCGCCCAGGCCCAAUUGCAGUUGUCGCAAAUGCACUGUUACACCCGUCCUACCCAGAUCAAGAACAGGUGUAUUGCUGGUGGUAAGGGAAGAGGUGUUUUCCGUGACUUCCGCAUGGCAAGAUACCAAUUCCGUAUGCACGCACUGGCUGGACAAUUGCCCGGCGUAAAGAAGGCCAGUUGGUAGAGAACACACGACGUUUCAUGUCACUAUACUGUACAAAUAUUCAACAAGGCAUUUGGGAA